CUAGGUGGCGCAGACGCACUUCCGCCAGUCUGUGUUUUGGUAAACAAGGAUAUUUUUUUCUCCCGCCACGGCCGCGAAAAUAACCUUUCUCGAGCGAGACGACGUUGAAAUAUUAAUUAAAUAACGACAUCGAAGUGAGUUUCGAGUUGGACCAGAUCUGUGAGCCAGGGGUGUGAAGGGGCUGAGGGAUCUGUUGGAGGGAUCGACUCCCGAGCGAUCCUUUAUGUGUGGAUCCGCAGCGCAUGGUCUGCCCCCCCCAGGAACAAGCAGCUCCCCGCAGGGUCCCCGUGUUUCUCCAGACGGCUUAACAGUCCAUCGGAUGACGGUCAGCUAACCCACGAAGCCCCACCGUGAAGACCCCACUAUCCGGGUGAAGACCCCACUAUCCGACAUGGUGAAGCUGACCAAGGCCAAGACCUUCCAGGCCUACCUGGACUCCUGCCACCGUCGCUACAGCUGUGUCCACUGCCGCGCACACCUGGCCAACCAUGACGACCUCAUCUCCAAGUCUUUCCAGGGGAGCCAGGGACGAGCCUACCUCUUCAACUCUGUCGUGAACGUGGGCUGCGGGGCGGCCGAGGAGAGACUGCUGCUGACGGGGCUCCACGCUGUGGCCGACAUCUACUGUGAGAACUGUCACACCACCCUGGGCUGGAAAUACGAGCAAGCCUUCGAGCUGAGCCAGAAGUACAAAGAGGGGAAGUUCAUCAUCGAGCUGUCCCACAUGAUCAAGGACAACGGCUGGGACUGAGGGCGGGGCCGCGGGGAGGCACGCCUCUCGCCCCCACCUCGCCCCCUCAAAGCUCCACCCCCUUCGACCUUAAAAAAAGGGUUUCAGUGUCGCUUCAUCAACAGCUCCGCCCACAAGCCGGCGCUCGCGCCAUGCCCCGCCCCCUUUCACCUCCUACAGCUUUCCCGAGAGUAGCAUGUGAUGCGAGAUAUAUCUCUAUAUAUAUAUACCCUUUCACCGUCCAUGUGUAUUGUAUAGUCCAACGACCACCGGAGCACAUUUGCUUGUCUUGACCUAAUUCAAUAGUAUCGCUGGGACCGGGAACCACGUGGAGGCCAGUGAGAGAAAGACCGGGUGAUGGAGACACACACACACACACGGUGUGUGUGUGUGCGUGCGUGUAUGCAUGUGUGUGUGCGCGUGCGUGUAGAGUGGAUAGUCUCACUCUGCGGGAGUGACGUCAUCUAAGGAUUUAAAACAUUGAAUCAUUUAAUCUUCGUACAAGCUGGAUACGAACGCAGGCUUAGCUUCUGUUAUUUAGCAGGUGCGCUUGGUGGUGCACCUCUUCAAAGCCCGCUGGGCGGAUGUUGGAUCCACCUGGGCGAUCGUGAGCAGGUUCACGGAAUAUUCUGUCGAUUCUCCUUCUUUCUUUUUGCAUUGCUGUUUUGUAAUCAAUUUUUUAAAUCAAAGUCUAUCAAAGAAAUGUUAAACGUUGAGGUCUCUGCUGCGGCUGAGCCGACGUGGAUGGGGAGGGUCGUCUGCCCGUGGGAGACCUAGUAGAAUGAAGUGUUGUCCGCUGCAGCAGGGAACGCGCUCACAGCCUCCUCUGGGGACAUCGAAAAUAGAACUCUUUUACUCUUGUGUUGAUGUUGUCAAUCAUAAGUCAUGUGAGUUACAUAACAUGGAGAGCAUUCACCUGAUUAUGUUAAAUCGGUAAGACUGCAAAUGUUUGGACUUUAGCAUAUUUAUGUUGAUUUUUAAUGUCGGCUACAUUCAUUAAAGUGGAUAUUUUAACCAACACUUUGUUUUUCAUGGGAUUUGGCAGGCGUGGAAUAUCUGAUCCUGUGUGACAGUACAUUGAUUGUCCAGCAGAGUUCGCUGUUCGCCUGCAGGUCGUGAGUCCAACCAUUGACUAUAGGGAUGGCAAUAUGUGGAUCGCUGCAACAUACGAAUAAUAUGAAUGAGAUUAAAUAUAAAAUGAUAUACCUUUAUACAUCGACUAUUUUGCAUGUUGAAUUAAUCGAUUCUAAGGUGAUGGAAUAAUACGAAUUUUAAAUUGUUAGAGACGGAAAAGACAACGGGAUUUUAAAGUCUGAAGAGAUCCUGAAGUCCCAUGAUACAGCUCUGGUGAAGUCCCAUGAUGAGCUCCAUGAUGGAGCUCCUGGUGAAGUCCCAUGAUGCGCUCCAUAUGGAGCUCUGAGCGCCUGACGACAGUCAUGGGAACACCGUGUAGAACUCAUCCUUCCAUGAGG